AUGUCGCCAGAAACGUCUCAGCAUCAUCUUCCUACCACGCUCGAUUUGGAGAAAGAGCCGCUUGCUCCGUUCUCUGACGAAGAGAAAAGCGCCAUGGAAAAAGCCCCUCAAAGCGUCUUGAACGAGGACCACCUUGAGCUCCGAGUUGGUCAAGACCAUGCAUCGCGAAGCAGCGCUAGAGGUGUCCGUAUCCUCUCGCGUGCUUUCAAGAGCAUCGCCAUACUCCUCGUGGCUUUCUUGGCAACGAACGGCUUCUGGGCGCUCUUCCGUCCUGAUCUGUUCGACCAUCAUGGGCUGUUUGCUUUGAGCAGCAAGGAUGACCAUGGUAAGCACGGACAUGGCCAUCGUCAUCACCAUCACCACCAUCAUCACGGUCCGGAACACCCUCCUCGUCCGCCCCCUCACGGUCCUCCGGGCCACGACCAUCCCCACCCACCCUCUCCUCCGCCUCAUCAGCCUGGCCAUGGUCCAGGCGGAGAUCGCCCUGGUCCUCCUCAUGGCCCUCCUGGUCACGAUCAUCCCCACCCGCCACCUCCUCCUCCUCACAAGCCUGGUCAUGGGCCUGGUGGGGACCGACCUGGACCUCCUGGCCCCCCUCCUCCUCCCCCGGGUCCUCCGGGUCAACCCCACCCACCUCCGCCGCCACCUCACAAAGUCCCGCCGAAGGUGCGAGAAUGUUUUGAUCUAGUUCCUGGCGAGACUUUGACUUUCGAAACCCCACUCGAGUGGUUCGGACAGGGAGUCGAAGUCGCACCUUCCCUCGCUGGGUCGAGCGUCACUUUCGUCUGGGACGGCAAAGUUGGUCCCCCCUCCCCACCUCCUCACGGUCCUCCUCAUCCACCUCGACCACCUCAUCCUCCUCACGAGAAGGACGCGAGCGAGGUCGAUGACGAGAAGAGCUCGAAGAAGUCCAAGAAAGCCCCGGGCAAAGUCAUCUUCGACAUCGACAUCCCCUCGAAAGCCGAAUGGAAAGAGGCGCACGUUGAGUCUCACGAGCUCAAAAUCUGCUCGAUUCAUCGACCCGGUUCGACAGGCAUCGAUAUCUUCAACGCCACCGGUAUCCCACCCAACCAUGUCCGCAUCGAUCCAGCUUUCGAAAAAGUCGCCCCUAGCUUCAACACCACCAUUCGUCUGCCCAACCAUUAUGCUCGUGCUCCUAUCCGCACCGGUCAUCUCCCUUGA